CAUGCUCCGUCUCCUUAUCUUGUAUCGUUUGGCCGCUCCCGGGGUUACCCCCCUCUCCUUACAAAUCACCCCUCCAUUCUUGAGCGGCAUCGUAAGGACUAUGUUGAGCUCUCCAAAAGUGGCCAAGACACGUGUGGCUCUGUGGAGACUGGUCACUUUGCCAUAUCAAUGUGUCAUAGCUUCAAGCAUAGCCAAUUUAUAUUCUCUUGCCUUGCGCAAUGCGUUGUCUCUUUCUCUCUCCCCGCUCUAUCAGGAAUUCAUAACUUCAUAGACUAAUAGCAAGGCUCUUCGCGAUCAUGGAAGACAUAGU